AUGCUGAAGGACAAAUCUUGCCACAAUGCCACGGGGCACGGCAGUCUGGCACUUCGUGGUGAAGCUUUUAUGCAGAGAAACAAUUGGAUUAAGAAAGCAUACAGACAGAAGGCUUUGAAAUGCCACCCAGACAAGAACCCAGAUAAUCCCAAAGCUGUGGAAUUGUUCCAUCAAUUAUCCCAGGCUCUGGAAGUUCUGACAGAUGCAGCCGCAAAGGCAGCCUACGAUAAAAUCAGAAAAGCGAAAAAGCAGGCAGCGGAGAGGAACCAAAAACUCGACAGCAAGAGAAAGAAAGUAAAGCUUGACUUGGAGGCUCGUGAAAGAGAAGCCCAGCUCAAUGAAGAAGAGGAAAUUAAGAUUGCAAAGAAUUUAGAUGAAGUGAUUGCCAGGCUAAGGGAAGAAGGCUCCAGACAUUUAGAGGAACAGCAGAGGCUCGUCAGAGAACAAAUAUUGCUGGAGAGAGAGCAGAGACUGCGAGGAUCUGAUGUCCGAACAGAUUCUGUAAACAGCUCAACCCCUAAACUGAAACUGAAAUGGAAGUGUAAGAAGGAUGACGAAUCAAAUGGUGGCUACUCUCAUGAAUACCUCCUGUCAAUUUUGAAGAAGUAUGGUGAGGUUUUGAACUUGCUCAUAUCCAGUAAAAAGAAAGGCUCCGCUAUCGUGGAAUUCUCCUCAACCAAGACUGCUGAACUUGCUUUUAAAAAUGAGACUGGGCUAACAAGUAACCCAUUAAAGAUCUCCUGGUUGGAAGGAUCACCUCCUCCAAAUACCACAAGCAACUCUGCAUCAUCAUCUUUGGAAACAAGCACAUCUAAUCUGUUCCAGGUAGGAUAA